GUUACAGAGAGACAUUGAAUGCUGAGAUUAAGAUAACGUAAACCCAGAUGAAUUUUACAACAUGGAAUCUAAUCAAGAAAGAAAGUCUUCCCUAGGAACACAAGAAUCAGGAAAUUCAAAAUUAUCUGUAGAGCCAGAGACUCAUCUACAGAGUCUUGGCUUUACUAUGAAUAAUGGAAAAGCUAGAUUUAUAUUAGAUGAUGACACGCCCCUGUACUCAAAUGCUGCAUUAACAAAUUUCAGUGUUGUUGAUCCAAAUGAAACAUUGUCCUUUGUGGUGCUAGGUAAAGACUCAAUGGAUUCCAUUCAAGCAUCAUCGCUUGCAUCAUAUGUUGACAUUCAGCAAAAGAGCAUGUCUGUUGAUUACAAUUCUAUGAUAGCAUCAUGGAAUUCAAAUGAGGUACACCAGAAGUUGAAUGAAUUGUUACAAGAGAAUGGAAAGCUAAAAGAAACACUGAAACAAAAUAAUGUAGCUAUGAGGCAACAGUUUAACACUUUAGCCAGUUGGCAAGAAGAGAUGAUGAAAGUACAUCAUAAUCAUAAGAAAAAAUUUACUGAAACCAGAGAAUUAAUGAAUUACCUUAAAAAGGAAAAUACUGAUUUAAAAAUGAAGCUUUCUGUUGGAGGCAAUAUCAUAGAAUCGGGGUAUGAGGCGCUAAAUGCAAAUGAAAUAAAUAGCAGCGUGGAAGAAAAUGGGUCAUCUCUUACUGCAACAGACCUUCAGGAAAAAGUAUCUUCGUUAACAGAGCAGUUAAGUAAUUCUAAACAGAAGUGUGAAAAACUAUCCUCCGAUGUUGAUAAAUUACACAGUAUAUCAAUAUUAAUGAGUUCUCAGUUGAAACAAGCCACUUCUACAAUACAAGAACAAAGACUCAAUAUAAAAAAGUUAGAGGUACAAGCUGCAAUGUCAAAGUCAUAUGAUUCGAAUUAUUUUAAUCAGUCCAUUAAGAGUGAUUCUCCUAGGCAUUCAAAAAAUAUAAAUACGUGCACAAAUUGUGAAAAUUAUUUAACAAGAGAUAAAGAAAUUAAUUUGUUAAAGGAAUCAGUUACUACACUUGAACAUAAAUUAGAACACGCCACCGCUCCUGUACAGUUUUGUAUUAAAAGUCCCAUAAAUCCGAAAAAGUACCGUCAACAACACAUUCAAAGGCUAGGGGAGUGCAAAGAGAAGUUGCAAGAAUUAACGGUCUAUUUCGAUAAGCAAAUUGAUCGUUGUGCCAUUAUAGAAAAAUGUUUACAAGAAGUUAUAGAAACCUUUGAAACCGCUGAGUCAUUGAACGAUUGUUGUCCACAAACCCAGAACUCUGAUUACAUCUUAAUACACUUAAGUUCAAACUUUGAUUACAUUAAAGAUCAACUAGCUAGUUGCCAUAAAAGGAUUGUUGUAGAACGACAGAAGUUGAUUGAGGACAACGAACGUGCUCUGGUUACACAAAAUCAAUUCCAGAAAACUUUGUUGGAUUGUAAUUCGAUUCUAUAUGAACUAGAAACGGCAUUGAGAGUUAAAGUAGAAAAUACGAUGAAAGCCAACACGACCACUGAAUCUGUUCAAAAAGCGACAGAAUCUAUGGAACAAGAUGCGAAAAAUAAACAGGUACUGCAAGAAGAAUUGAAGUCGCUGGCCAAAGAGAAGGAAGGACUUGAAGACAAGAAACGGUUAUUAAGCAUCGAGAGGGAGGAUGUCGAAACGGAAUUCAAAAAUUUAAAUACCACAGAGGAAGUACUACAGCACGAAAGGAUAAGCUUGCUUGAUGAAAAAUCUGUUCAAAAAACGUCAGAAUCGAUGGAACAAGAUGCUAAAACUAAAAAGGUACUAGAAGAAGAAUUGAACUAUCUGGCCAAAGAGAAGGAAAGACUUGAAGAACAGAAUCAGAUAAUAAGCACUCAGAAGAAGAAUCUCGAAAUAGAGUUCAAGAAUUUAAAUACCGCAAAGGAAAUUCUACAGCAAGAAAGGAUAAGCUUGCUCGCAGAAAAAUCAUCUCUUGAUCAGCAAAGUCAGUUAUACGAAAGUCAUUAUAAAGAAACAUUAGAAGCAGAGAGACAGAAAUUUGAGGUAAAAUAUAAUCAGUUAGUCACUGAAAUUGGCUCUUUACAUGAGACUAUACAAAGGAAAGAGCUUUGUGUAAUAAACUUACAAACCGAAAUCGAACAGCACAGGGAAAGUAUCAAUUUAUUGCAAACACAAUUACAACUUUUCGAAGAAGAUUUCACGCAAGAACGGGAAUUGAAAAACUUAUUGAUGCAGGAAAAGAGCCAGCUAUGUAAUGAUAUACAACAGCAGAUAGACUUUAAUCGGAAGUUACAACAAGAACUUUGUAAUUUGAAAUUCCAAUAUGUACCUGCUGGACAAAGUGAAAAUAGUGACCUAGUACCUCCUUUAAUGUCAACAUUGAGGUGCCCAAAAUGUGAUGAAAAAUUUCGAAAUAUAGAGUCCUUGGAGGAGCAUAUUAGUAUGUGUUUAAGUUUAUUAAACUGACGCGAAAUUUCGCGGUAUUUUAUUUACGUGCACUAUCUAUGAAUUAUUGUCAUAAAUAAAAAUGGUACCACGUUGAAUUGUAAGAAG